AUGCCAAAAAUACAAAAGACCGUUUCGGAUCACGCUAGAAAUCGCAGAAUAGACGCCCGAUCCUGUCUGGGCUGCCAUCGCCGCAAGGUCCGCUGUGACCGCGGCGUGCCGUGCACGAACUGCGCCAGGGCGGGCUGUACCUGCGUCUAUCCGAGCAGCGAACAAAAGAGUCCCUCUCUGCAAGGCAUUGCUGACCGCCUGGAGCGCGUAGAAUCUAUUCUUGCGUAUCUCUGUGAGAACAGAGGCCCUGGCGUGGCGACCAGCGGUGACUCCGAGGAUCAAGGGCGACAAGAUGCCAUAAGCCAUCGGCCUUCGCCGGCGCAACGCUCUCAUAUGUCCUGGGAGCUGUUGUUGAAUGAUGGGCAGAUGGUGCAGUAUGUGAAUAAUUCGAAUAUCAAGGACUUGCUUCAGGAUGACCAAAGAAUGAAAAUGACACCUGCGUCCGGCCCUGAAAGAGAGCCCUCGCAACUGCAACAAGCAAGUACUCCCAGGUUAGCCGCGCAGCCUAGACCCCCAACGAGCACCUCGUCCGGCUUGCUCGAAUUCUAUCCGGAUUCGCAGCUGGCCCUGCGACUUUGGUCCGUGUAUGUGAAGUCUGUGGAUCCCGUUCUCAAGAUCUUGCAUAUACCGACCACCCAAUCUGCCGUGAUAGCAACGAUCCUCGAUCCCAAAUCAGCAGGAUCGUCCAUGGUGGCAUUGACCUUUGCGAUCUAUUUCGCCGCCAUCACGGCUCUAGGGUUCCACGGCGAACCUGAACUUUCGGUGGAGGAGAGAUCCGUUCUCCUGAAGCGCUACAAGACUGCCUUGGACAGACUUCUCAUAGCAACCGAUGUGAUGAACCAGCCGGAGAUGACGGCGUUACAAGCUCUGGCGAUCUUUACAACGUGUCUACGCGUCCACGAAACCGGACGCAGCUCAUGGGUCCUCAACGGCCUAGCCAUCCGACUCGCCCAGUCACUGGGACUCCAUCGCGACGGCGCAGACCUCCAGCUGAGCCCAUUCGACACCGAGAUGCGUCUCCGUCUCUGGUGGCAUCUAUGCGUGCUCGAUUCCCGCGCGCCCGAAGACCAAGGCUUCGAGCUGACGCUGGACGCUCCUAACCGCAACCUCCGACUGCCUCUGAACAUUGACGACCAUCAACUCUUCCCGACCAUGACCCAACUCCCCCCCGAAACAACCGGCUGGACAGAAAUGUCCUUCUUUCUGAUCCAGACCGAGUCCUGCCAACUCAUUAACCCCAUUCUCGGCACCCGGGAACCUUUCUCCGCAGACGCACUGCCCGACAUCACCGCGAAGCGAAAAUUGAUCCACGAUCGCUCGCAGCUCGUCGCCCGGAAACACGGCAUCUCAUUCCCACCCAGACCUAGACACAAGGCAUCACCAGCAGCAGCAGCAGCAGCAGCAGGAGGGGAACCAAGACAAGAUACCCUCGCCCGCGUCGCCAUGCAGCAUUUCAUCACGGCGCGAAGGAAAAUGGAAUUCAUGCUGACACUGCGCGAGGAGAUCAGCAUGCAGAUGCAGAACGGGAACGGGCCCGGGAAUCCUAAACCUCAUCCGACCGACACAUCCAACACCGACGGAUUCAGACCCUCAUUCCGUCUCGCCUGCGAAAGCAUGGAAAGCAACUCUCUCCUGAAAAGUAGCUUCUCCGAUGGCUUCAGAUGGCUCUUCACGACGUACACGCCGUGGUAUGCGCUCGCGUACGUGCUGCGCUGUCUGUGCUCUUGUCCGAGCGGAACAGACACCGAAAGGGCGUGGAAGUUAAUUGACGCUGUGUUUCCGGUCACGAUGAGUCUAGACGGAGAGGGCGUUUCGUCUGAUUCGGCAUCAAAUGGCGCAUAUUCUGGACAGGGACAGACGCAACAGGCCCAGGGACAGGGGAGUAUCUGGAAAUGUCUCACUUUGCUUCGUGCCCAGGCUUUGUCGUUGCGACGUGCGAGGUCCCGGUCUCAAUCUAGGCCGUCAUCUAAUGAGAUUGAUGGCGAUGGCGAGGGAGAUGGAGACCACGAGAUCCGUCACAUGUACCAGCAAGGACAUGUACAACUGCAGCCGCUCGUCGUUGAGAACUCGUCAUACGUUGGACAUGCCCAUACGAAUGUGCCAGAGGCAGUCGUGUCUUCGUCUCCUCAUCAACUUCCUCAUCUUCUUCCUCACCCUCAUUCUCAUUCCCAUCCUCCAGAACUAACCUCCUUCCAAGAAGAGCAUACAUUCCUCACCGACAACCCGAGCAGUAAUCCGAAUAUCUUCUCAGGGGUUGAUUUCUCCAUGUCCGAGAUCCCGUUUCUACCCGAAUGGAAUGCAGUUAUGAAUGGGUUUUCGGUAGGGGAGGGAGAUACUGAAUUAUGGUGA